UCCGGGAGGAGGCUCACACAGUGUGCGGUCGUGGAGCAAGGCGGUAACAUGCCAAGCGAGCUCCGAGUCGAAAGCUCCGCCGAGGACGACGACGAAGACGCCGCGCCGCCGACGCUUCGGCCUCGGCUCCCCAUCUACACCAUAUUCUAAACUAGCUAGUGCUCUCUCUAAUUCUCUAAUUAAAAAUUUAAUAAAAAUUGUUGCGUUCGUUUCACAUUAUAUCGCCGAUACACGGGCUGCUUCGGGUACACGGGUAUUGUUGUACAUAGUGACUAGGGACCAACCAAAUGGCGCUCAGCAACCUGACGGCAGGGCCGGCCCAAGCCGUCGAGGACUUCCUUCUGCAAGUGGAAAACGCGACGCUGCUCUUUAACGCCACCACCGCCAACGCCACCGUCGCCCUCCACUACCCCAGCGGCUACACUCUGCCCCAGAUCGUGGUCGCUUCCGUCGUUGUCACGAUGCUGAUGAUCGUCGUCGUCGUGGGCAACAUGCUGGUCAUCAUUGCCAUCACCACGGAGAAGGCGCUCAAAAACAUACAAAACUGGUUUAUUGCUUCGUUAGCCGUCGCCGACUUCUUCUUAGGGCUGGUGAUUAUGCCGUUUUCGCUCGCCAACGAACUCAUGGGUUAUUGGAUUUUCGGGAUGUGGUGGUGCGAUGUGCAUUCCGCCAUGGAUGUGCUGCUGAGCACUGCGUCCAUUAUGAACUUGUGUCUCAUUUCGUUGGAUCGCUAUUGGAGUAUCACUCAAGCGGUUGAAUAUCUCAAGAAGCGCACUCCGGUACGUGCUGUGGUCAUGAUUGCCGCCGUUUGGGUUCUCUCUGCCCUCAUAUGCAUCCCUCCGUUGCUCGGCUGGAAGGUGGAGCGCACUCCAGACGAACAGUAUCCCAAGUGUCAGCUGAGUGAAGAACUGGGUUACGUGCUGUAUUCGGCACUGGGUUCGUUCUACAUCCCAUCGUGCAUAAUGGUAUUUGUAUAUAUCCGAAUUUACUACGCGGCGAAAGCUCGUGCUCGACGCGGCAUCCGGAAGCCGCCUCGACGCCAACCCCAAGACGCCGUCACCAGUUUCAGUGUACAGAAGAACGGAGAUGGCGACGGCGCCGCGACGGCAGGCGCUUCCGUCGAUAGGAACAGCAACACGUCGCCGAGGGACGGAGACAGACAAAUCGCCACCAUCGAGGCGAUUCCACGCCCAAUGCCCAUUCCAACAGUCACGUGCGAUUUAGCAUCGGAUAUUUCGACGAGCGACGCCGGAGGAGAAAUCGUCGCCGAGACGCUUGAUCAGAAGGAUACGCUCAAGGUUUGUACGAUUGACAGUGACGGACCGAAAUGCCAACCGCAGGACGACGCUCAAGUGUUCAGCAGUGCCCAGGUGGUCCGAAACCCUCUGGCCCAGAGCCAAUUCCGAGGCUCUACGUUAUCGGUAAACGGCGAAUUGCAACAGCAAGCUGCUGCCAUGUCUCGUAUGCGUCAACCAUCGAUGGGCAUCGACACGGAUAUGGUGAGCGAAUUUGAUCCGAGCAGUUCGGACUCUGGUGUAGUGUCCCGGUGUGCGGUGGUGAAACCGUUAAAACUCCGUCUGUGCAAACCGAUAUUCGGUCGCAAAACGGCGAAAAACCGAAGGACCGCCAAAGACAAAGCGAGCUCGAGCAAAGAGCACAUGGUGGAGGAGGUGCGCGUCCAGAAGCCCAGAGACCCAGAACGAGAGAAGCGACGCAUCGCGAGGAAAAAGGAAAAAAGGGCAACACUCAUUCUGGGUCUCAUUAUGGGCUCGUUUAUCGCCUGCUGGUUGCCCUUCUUCUUCAUGUACAUCCUGCGGCUGGCCUACGAUAUCCCGGGGAUCGCCUUCUCCACGGCCUUUUGGUUGGGGUACAUGAACUCGGCGCUGAACCCGGUUAUCUACACCAUCUUCAACAAGGACUUCCGGAGGGCCUUCAGGAGAAUCCUGUUCAAGUGAUGUUUGGCUUACGUGUGCUGCUAUGAAUGCGUCAGCCGACGGAUACGGACGGCGCAAUAUCGCAGCGCACCAAGUGCCCUCUACCGACACUGAACUCUCGACAAUCCUCCUCACGUGGACAUUAUUAUACUCUUCGAUAUACGUGUAAAUUGUUAUUUCUUGUUAGGUACGGAGCAAUCGUCGUCAACUCGAGCCAGAAAUCAAAAUAUAGAUGGCGCCAAUACACUUGUUUUAACAAAAGUACAAAACGAAUUUUUAUUCUAAACAUCAAAAGUAUGGAAAUUGCCUUAAUUAAUGCUAUGUAAUAUUAUAUCAAACUGAAAAUUGUAUCGUAUGUGUAGUCAGUCUACUUCCAAAUAACUCCACUCUGUUUAAUGGAAGCGAUUUUAUCUGUAGCUUUUAAGGUUUUUAGGAAAUGACUCGAGUUUUUAUUGUAAUAUCAAAACGUUCCGAGUUGGCCACGAUUGUUAUAUUUUAUUUGACUCUAUUGUAAUAAUAAAAUAUGGAGCAAUGACUACCACUGUGAUAAUAUAACGCUUUCAUUCUGGAAUUUAUCGUAAAUAGUCUAAAAGAAAACAAACUAUUAUGUGUUUUUAAAAAAAUCUUCGAUGUUUAGAGACUUCAUUUCUUGUACAUAACUUAAUCGAAAAGCGAGUACAAGUUACCCAACUUUGAAUCCAUGAAGAAAAACAACGUUUACCAGAUUCUACCCUGCUUUUUAGCAAAUUGUAAUACAGCGUGUCCCAGCGAUUUGGAAAAGUCCAUCAUUGUCCUUUAAAUGCAAAAUUACAUACCAAAUUAGCUGAUAUUAACCCAUAGCAUCACCUGAAAUUAGAUACUUCAAAAACGAGUUACAAAACAAAAAUAUGUUUUUCAAAAGGAAACAAUCUAGGUUUCUUUUGAUCUCUAUGCUCUUAACCAAGCCCUUCUUGGAUUUUUUCAGUUUGCAGCCCAACACUAUAAUUGCAUAAGCAAGGACAUUUUCUGUUCCAUUGACACCCUAUUGCUACAUCUAAUAACAACAUAAGUUUGUCUUGUAACUCAGUUUUGGACUAAAAAAUCAUUUUUGAUGAAGCAAUAGAUCAUUGGAUCAUUGGUCAAUAAUGGAAUUUUUCAAUUAACUGUAUAUGUUGAAGGGCGCUCCUCAGACCAAGUCGUUUGGACCAAACCUCCACUCUUCAUUGAUUUUCGUCGUUGCGCGAUGUCAAAAUUGACAAGGGACCAAUGAAACCGUUUUUAAUUAUGCGCGUUCGAACACCCGCCGCCGCCGCCGCCGCCGCCGCCGCCACAGCAAUAAUAAUAAUAAUAAUAAUUUCCUUGUGAACGUUGGCGUUUUUCGCUUCCAAGUCCAAGUUGCGUAACUUUUCGUAUUUUAAAUGUUAAUAGAACGAAUGGAGCGAGUGACAAGUUCGGCUAUAGUUUAGACACCAAUUGUAUCAAACCUCUGGAGGCCGUCGGCCGUCAUCUCCCUUCCGUUCCGACCAUCACCCUCUAUCCUUUUCCAAAAAAAAAAAAAUAACAGACGUUGCCUUGGCGAGGUCUCCAGUGGAAGUCUUCCACGAGCCCGCGGGGUUGCUCUCCGACUCCUGACAAAUUCUUGCAACGAAACUAUGGUGCUAUUGACUGCUCGCCGGUCGGCUCAAGGGUGUCUCAGGCCCUGGAGCCGGCCCUGUGCGGCCCCGCGAGGCGAUAUCGAAACUCGCCCUGAGCCCGCGAUUUUCGAUCUCGCGAGCUCUUUAUCUUGUUACAUCUCUAGAUUAAUUAUUGUUAUAUAAAGAUGAAAAAACCAAUUAUAAACUAUAACACUGUCCUAUAUUUGUGUGUGUACGUUUUUCGUGAAAUAUUAUUAAUAAGGAUAUAAAUAAAUCAAUAUGGUACUGAAAAAACAAA